AUGGAAGGGCAAAUUGAACAAUCAAAGAUCAUGCAGGACAUCGCAGCCUUGGAACAAGACAACCUUGCACAAUUUCUUGUGGAGGCCUACAAGUUGAUUGCGCAAUGUUACAAUCGCGAAGAAGAUGAACAGUGCAUCGAAGGAUGCCAUUAUCUGCUCAGCACAUAUCGGGUCUCGCGUUUCUUCUCAAUGAAAUUAUACGCACUCAUUAGCAUGUCAUCCGAAGACUGGCAUGACGCCGAGCACUAUCGCGAGCGCGCGGAGCGUCUUUACACCACCUUGAUUAAUGAGUUGCCUGAGGACGCAGAGCCGGGUCAGGAUUUUGUCAGCAUGCGGAACGAUUUGGACGAACUUGCGCAGUGCCAACUAGUGAACAAGCCAGACGUUGACGAAGACGAGGACGAUGAUGACGAGGACGAUCAAUACCCUGAACCAUACCCACAGAGUCUAGUGGUGCCCGACCUCGUCGCCAUAGUCGGCAGAGAUGGUACACAGGAAGAAUAUCAGCGUGUCCAAUACCUCAUCGAAGACUGUGAAGACGGCGACGAGAUCUACGACAAGAGAGAAUUUACUGCAUAUGCAGACGCACUUCAGCGAAUCCUUGACAGCAGCAACGUUCCUGCUCUCCUCGCUCUGAGAUUGUGCAUUCUCAUCUCAUCUAAUGUACCUGAUCGAAAAUUAGCCAAGGUCAACUUGGAGAUAGCUGAAAUACUUUGGGAGGAGCAGAGAGACGAGUGGGAAUCUCAAAUGCCGCCCGAUGUCGACACUUUUAUGCAAGCUGCGCGCGACGCAUUGGACUUACUUGUCAAGAAACACCAGGGUGCCGCCGAGAGCUGA